UUGAUCCUAUUGUUAGCACUCAUGUGCCAUCGAGCAUUCAUAUAUUAUAGAGUUAUAUGACUGGCGCGAUGCCAGCGAGUCUGAGUUUGUAUAUGGGUGUUGUUGGUGCCCGAGACGUUGCUGUUCUCGACAUCGCGGCUAUGACCAGCCCAGCAGCCAAGGGAGAGAGGAUCAUCGCGGUUUGUCCAGGCGGUAGCUGGAUGCAAGAGAUUCCUUUGACUAUCAAAGCACGGCUUCUAGAAGAGGUAACCAAGAAAAGUACCUACGAGGAUCCUCCCGAAUCUGGUAACGAGACUUUUGGGGUUGCUCAAUCCGCAGCCUUCGAUCUUCGUGCCGGAACUAGGGAGGAGAAAGGCUGCUUCAAAUAAGAAAGUUGUUAGAGUUUUGGAUUGGAAGCCUAGAUUGCGAGAAGAGGUUAUUUUUAAUACUGCCCUGUCGCUUAUCAAGUAUGGUGUCGUGAAAACAUAACCUCGAUAUCGAAAUUUGAAGUAAUACAA